UGAUGUCCCAUCGUUUGUUAUGAUAUGUGAUGGCGAAGUCCGCUAAAGUCGAUGCUGAAUUAGAAGUAUUGAGAAAAGAACUGAACUGGCUGCUCAAAGAGGAAGUGAAUCCUGUUCUGCAGGAUAUCAGAGAAACUCUACAGGAGUGUUAUGAUUGCCUGCCUUUCCAUGGAACUGCUGAAAAAAGUGCCAGACAUGAAGAACUCACGCCCCUAAAAAUUCUUUUGACCAGCCCAAGUGGUUCUAGCAUGAACUGUAAAAGUGUGGUGACUCUACGAGGAGACUCUGUGGAAGCCGCUGAGGUGCAGUUCAAACACAAGCAAGGCAAGGAACACAACUUGUUCAAGACAAAACUUAAAGACGGCUGUGUUUGGAGGCUCCCACAGAUUCGAGACACAGGCAACCAUUUGUGCAAUGCCUUAGAAAUAGUCUCAAGAAGUGACCCAACAUACAUUUACAAGUCUGUCAAGGAGGUUUUUCUUAUACUUGAUGAGUUGAUGGAAAGUUUAAUGAAGUGCCGACAGAGCUUGUCCCUUCCCAAAAGAAAAUCAAUCAACGAAUUAAUGGAUAAUCAAAAUCUGCUUGUGUUUAACCCACCUUUACCCAGUGAUAUUGCCAUCUCCUUCUACAUCCACACCUCCAAGCUUGUUCUGGCUCUGUACUGCCUUCACAACAACGGCCAACACAAGAUUGAAAAGCUGGAGAUCACUCAAAGAAUACAGGUUGAGGCUAUGGUCAAGUGGUUGAAUGAGGCAAUUAUAUUUUUCACCCUCUCAUUACAGCAGUGUCAACAAUUAAAAGACAAGUUGCUGGCUGUGGCUCAGAUACUGGAAGACCCUUGAUGUUUGACCAACAUUUAAUAUGUGGGGGUUAUUUAGAUGUAUAGUUAAAGAAAAAUAUCUUACAGAUUGAUUGGUGGGCAAAAUUUAAUAAGGUGGUAGUAUCU